AUGGGUCUCCCACAAAGAGGUUAUACAUUAGAGCGUUUUGCUGUUUCAACCACUGAAACCUUUCAAAAAAUAGAAAACGGAAUAAAUCAAAUAUUAGAAAGAGUUUUUGAAUAUUCUUCUGAAUAUGAUAUGGAAACUUUCCUUACAAUAUGUGACUUGGUUUAUCUAAAUCGAAUAUACAAAAAGUUGAAAAUUUUCGAAACGAAAAUGGAUGAUUAUGAAAAUCAUAUUAAUGAAUAUGAAAGUUUUGUUGAAGAAUUAAGAGUUUGGAAUGAAAAAUUAUCAAAAGGAUUUGAUGCAGGAAUGAAAAAUGUAAUAGAAAGAUUUGAUGAAAUUGGUAAAAGAGCUGAAGCGAAUCAAAUAAAUUUGAUGAACAUUGAACCAGCAUUUGUAAAUGCCAAAAAAUUAUUACUUCGUAGUUUGUUUGAAUUUCAAUAUUAG